CCGCCUAGCCUCGGCUCCGGGAGGGAAAUUGUGAUUGGCUGGAACCGCAGGCCCCCCUCCUCCCGGGCGUCCCGAGCUGUGGAGUGUCCCCGAGCCCCGAAGAGUUGCGGUUUCUGUGAGUCUGUGGUCAUUGGAUGCAGCAGCGAUCAUGAAGGCCGAUGCCUCCCACGGUCCCGAGAUGGGGGAAGUGCUGCCCCAGCACAAGUUGGACUGCAGGUCCCUGGAAGCCUACCUAUACCAGCACUUGCCUGACUUUGGGGCUGAGCCUGAGGCCAAGCUGACUGUUGCCCAGUACAGAUCAGGACAGUCCAAUCCAACCUUUUAUCUCCAGAAGGGCUUUCAAGUAUAUGUACUCAGAAAAAAACCACCUGGUUUACUUCUUCCUAAAGCACAUAAGAUUGAUAGAGAAUUUCAAGUCCAGAAAGCUUUGUUUUCUAUUGGAUUCCCUGUUCCCAAACCUUUGCUGUACUGCAGCGAUACUUCUGUCAUUGGAACAGAAUUUUAUGUGAUGGAACAUGUACAGGGCCGAAUCUUUCGUGAUUUCUCAAUUCCUGGAGUUAGCCCAGCGGAACGCUCAGCCAUAUAUGUGGCCAUGAUCGAAACCUUGGCUCAGUUACAUUCCUUAAAUAUACAGUCAUUGCAGCUGGAAGGAUAUGGUAGAGGUGCCGGGUACUGCAAAAGACAGGUAUUAACCUGGACAAAGCAGUAUCAAGCUGCUGCUCAUCAGGACAUCCCUGCCAUGAAGCAGCUAUCUGACUGGCUAAUGAAAAACUUGCCAGAUAAUGACAAUGAAGAAAAUUUGAUUCAUGGAGAUUUCAAACUAGAUAACAUAGUUUUCCACCCUAAAGAGUCUCGAGUUAUAGCUGUGCUGGAUUGGGAGCUUUCAACCAUUGGUCAUCCUCUAUCAGACUUGGCUCAUGUCUCCCAGUUCUACUUUUGGCCAAGGACAGUUCCAUUGUUAAAUGGAGGAGCUUAUCUGCAAGAAAACACAGGGAUACCAUCAGUGGAAGAACUGAUUUCAAUAUAUUGCCGCUGCAGGGGAAUUAAUUCUAAUCUUCCUAACUGGAAUUUCUUUCUUGCCCUCUCAUUUUUUAAAAUGGCUGGAAUAGCACAGGGAGUAUAUAGUAGAUAUCCUGGGAAUAAUGCAUCUGAAAGCAGCUUUUGGUUUGCCAAUACUGUGCAACCUCUGGCAGAAACUGGACUAAGGCUCUCAAAAAGAACUUUUAGUACCGCACUACCCCAGACUGAUACUACCCAACACCUGUUUGUGCAGACUAGGACAGGCCAGGAUGUUCUUACUAGAGUGAAGAAGUUUAUGCAGCAACACAUCCUUCCAGCCGAAAAGGAGGUAAUUGAGUUCUAUAUUCAAAAUCAAAAUUCAGCAGACAAAUGGAAAAAACCUUUGAUGAUUGAUAAACUCAAGGAAAUGGCCAAAGCAGAAGGCCUGUGGAACUUGUUUUUACCAGCUGUAAGUGGUCUCAGCCAAGUGGACUAUGCCUUGAUUGCUGAAGAAACAGGAAAAUGCUUUUUUGCUUCAGAGGUCUUUAACUGCCAAGCACCAGACACAGGGAAUAUGGAGGUUCUCCACCUCUAUGGAAGUGAUAAGCAGAAGCAGCAGUGGCUUGAGCCUCUUCUUGAAGGAAGCAUUGCCUCCUGCUUCUGUAUGACAGAGCCUGAUGUAGCUUCAAGUGAUGCCAGUAAUAUUGAAUGUAGCAUCCAACGAGAUGGUGACAGCUAUGUAAUUAAUGGCAAGAAAUGGUGGAUUAGUGGAGCUGGGAAUCCAAAGUGCAAAAUUGCAAUUGUUAUGGGAAGAACUAACAGUAACUCUGAAACCAGACACAGACAACACAGCAUGAUUCUUGUUCCUAUUGACACACCUGGGGUAGAACUAAUAAGACCAUUGUCAGUUUUUGGCUACCUGGAUAAUUUACAUGGAGGACAUUUUGAGAUCCAUUUUAAUCAAGUGCGAGUUCCUGCCACCAACUUAAUACUAGGUGAAGGUAGGGGAUUUGAAAUUGCCCAAGGCCGCCUUGGACCUGGCAGAAUCCACCACUGCAUGAGAACAGUAGGUUUGGCUGAACGCGCUUUGCAGAUCAUGUGUGAACGGGCGAAAAAGAGGGUAGCCUUUAAGAAGAAGCUGUACUCACAUGAGGUAGUGGCUCACUGGAUUGCUGAAAGCCGAAUUGCCAUUGAGGAGAUCCGCUUGUUGAUCUUGAAAGCUGCCCACAGCAUUGAUACUCGGGGCAUCGAUGGCGCUAAGAAGGAGAUUGCAAUGAUUAAAGUAGCUGCCCCCCGGACAGUCUGCAAAAUUGUUGACAGAGCCAUCCAAGUGUGUGGAGGUGCAGGCCUUUCCCAGGACUACCCUCUGGCUAACAUGUAUGCCGUCAUUCGAACUUUGCGCAUAGCAGACGGGCCCGAUGAAGUCCACCUCUCCACAGUCGCAAGAUUGGAGCUGUGGGACCAAGACAGGCGCCUGAAGUCCAAGGUGUAGGAGGUGACAGACACUGCCUCGACUUUACACACACUUCAUCAGCACCAGCAUUUUAAUCUCAUUCACUUUUGCAGCAGUUUGAUCACGGGAUUAAUUACUCACUUUGGUAAAACUUUGAGCAUCUGUUUUAAUCAAUGUGUUUUAUCAUUACAAGGGUCACACUUGCAACUUUAUAAUUUCAAAGGUUUAAGUGAAAAAGGAACUUUUAUAGCAUAGCUGUUGACAUUCAGUCUAAUACCUAAUGAAAUAGAGCUAAAUCAUCAGCAUAAUAAUAUUGUCACUUUGUGACUUUCAGGAAUUGUUCCAUUUAAAUAAACAUUCAAGGAAUAUUUCAUCACUACUUUGUAAAAAA